GGUAAAUUUAAUCCUUCACCGUAAGUCCUAACGGCUUCAAAACGCCGACAACCGACAGUCCGACACCAACUGACCAACCUGCCAGGCGCAGUGGAAUACUUUUUGUUUGCUUUGACCAGCCCCGCACUAUAUCCACGGUAUGACAGCUCGUCAUUAGAGACAUAAGUAGAGACAAACAGACAUACACAUUCUAGCGAAUCUAUCAACUGCUUUUAGGUUUGUAGGUGGUGGAUACUGAACACCCACGCGUUCAUGCACAUUGACAGUCACAUAGUUGCCAGCAUGUCCCCAGAAACCAAGCGUGUGGCGUGCUAUGUGUGCAGCAAAGACAGUGACCGCGCAUGCCCCUGUGAGAUGGGCCGCCGAUAUUGCUCGCGCGAGUGUCAGAAAGUUGAUUGGCAAGAACGAGACCACAAGAGCGUGUGCAGUCAAACGGUGGGGGCAGCCAAAACACCUGAGAAAGACAGUGACAAGAAGGUAACGGCCGAGGGUGGCGACGCAGAGAAAGACAAGACUGAUACUGACAAGAUGGAGGACAGUAAGGAUGAUAGCAAGGAUACUAGCAAGGAUGAAUGCAAGGAUGAUACCAAAGAUGAUGCCAAGGAUGAAAGCAAGGAUGAUACGAGAGCCACUAAGAAUGAAAACAGCAAAGAUGCCAAGGACACCACCUCCGACGACAAAACCACCGAGACGACAGCCAGCUCAGCUACUGCAGUGACGCCCUCUGAGGCGAGUAAGGAGACCUCUGGUACACCCAACCGCCCACCCAACCCAGCAAAGUCGCCUGCUGGUACCAGAGCCGAAUCACCUACUUCAGAUACGGAUACGACCAAACCUCACCCAUCUGCGGACAGCGAGAAGGACAAGGCCAGUGCAGAAACACGCAACGACGCAGACGCAGACGCUGAUGGAGAGAGAGUGGGAGAGGGGAAUAAGAAGCAAGCUACGGCUGAGAAGGAUAACGCUAAGAGGGUCUCUGGCCAGGACAGUGCUAAUAGUGGUGUGACAACUACAGGUGCAACUGCAAAGCCGGUGAAGGAGAGCUCAACAGAUAGGAAGGCGGUUGAGGCCAGCACAGCAACGUCCGAGAGCGACAAGGACACGAAAUCGAAAUCAUCAGACACCCCCGAAGAAAGCGGCGGCAAUGUUAAGGCUAAAGCUAAGGCAAGCGCUAAGGAGCCCAGCACCAGCAAAGACGAGACGAAGGUAGGUAAGACACAGAAGGAACGCAACAACACAGACGAUACAAACAAAAGGGGCGAGAAGGCAGCGGUGGCUGAGAGGAAGCCACGCAAGGGCGCAGACACGCGCCAGAAAACAAGCAAGGCCACUGCAGGCGGCAAAGGAGACACCGGAGGUGCAGCUGAGGCACCGAAGACUGGUACCAAACGCACGCUACACGCAAGCACUAAUAUGGAGAAGGCCCAGAGCGAGCCUCGCACGGCAACUGCCGACUCGCCCCCACCAGCACGCUUCUCACCUCCUGCGGCCAAGGUUGACACGGAGACAGCACCAAAUACGAAAGCAAAGAACGGUGCAAACGGCACACGAGAUAAAGACUAUGCCAAAGGGGGCGAGCGUGUAUUCAGCAUCAAGCCAAGCAGCAAGGCAAAUGCCAAACCAAAAGCAGCCACCGCCGCACCCCCACCCAUUGUGAAGGACGCACGUGCCACUAAAAACAACGCAGAGGUGCGUGCACAGGCCAAUGAGAAGAUGCUGCUGGACGGGAAGCGGAGGAGGCGACGGUUUGAGGAGCUCGAGAGGAAUUACAUCUGCGAGUUUCCGAAUUGUGGGCGCCCGUAUGCCUCGGAACACUCCCUAAACCAGCAUGUGCGGCUCAAACACGCCGUUCGCAGUCCCGACAGACGGCGCAGAGGAUUCGUUUCGAGCAAAGGUAUUCCACCAGUGGCUAUGAAGGGUCAUGGGAGCACCUCAGGUCGGGUUAUAGGCAGGGCCCCUAUGGGCCGUCCCUUAUCCAGGCAUGUGUCACACCAACCCACCUCUAGCUCUGGCCCUAUGCUGGAAGACCCUCGCUCCAUGAGACGACACGAUAGCCGGCCUUAUGGCGGCCCAUCCCAUAUUGGACCACCCCCGCCCGAGUUCAUAGUCACCAGCGGCGACGGAGAGCAGCAGGUGGUGUCUAAGGAGCACGCCAACAAGGGCAGCGACAAGGACACGGCGGGAGAGGCGCAUGCAGGCGCCAACAGCCAUGGCAAACGGCCCUUGGAGAAUGGCGCAUUGCCUGUGGUUGCCAAGGAUACAGGGUCGCCUGUGCAGAAACCCAAGCUGUCGGUCGACCAGCAACAGUCGGGUGGCCUAAAAAAGGAAAUCCCGUGGACGCGCGCGCAGGUGGAAGGGCCCGAGAGUGGCUCACCACCGCAACGGCACGAAUCGCAGGGCGGUCCGCCUGUGGGCCUACGCACACGCAGUGUGCACUACGAACAAGACAUUCCUGGAGGGGGGCCUAAAGAUAGGCCUCCUUACGAACACGGCCCACCACCCCACGGGGGGUACUACGGCAUGCCCCAUGGGGCGGAUAGAGGUGAAUGGCCGCCAGGACCACCGGAGUACAAUAGGUAUCCAGGCUUACCCCCGGAUGCGAGAGGCGAUCCCAGAUACGCACCUUCAGCCACCCGAGACAGUUGGGUGGAGGGCCAAGGCCCCCCUCCGCCGGGUGCAGGGCCGCCCGAACGAGACUACAGGCCCUAUGGACCCCCCGAUGGAUAUGCCAGGUAUGGGGGCUUUCCUCCGGGAUACUACCACGACCCCAGAGAGUACUAUGGAGCCCCACGUGCACACAGUCCGUUUACGAGUGAUGGUAGACCUGCGUAUAUGCAUGGGGACUAUCCUCCGCCGCCACGGUCAGGGUACGGGGGGUAUGGUAUGCCACCCUCAUCCCACUCAUCGCACGCACCUCAUGGCGACGGGUACUGGGCCGAUAGGCGGGGCUAUGGCCCGCCUGCCCCGAGAGCAGAGCCCAGCAGUUAUAGAGAGAUGUAGCUUGCAUGUGGUUGUGUAGUUGUAGCUAUAUGGAGAUAUAGCUUACACGUGGGUGUGUAGUUGUAGCUAUAUGGAGAUGUAGCUUACACGUGGGUGUCUAGUUGUAGUUAUAGGGAGAUGUAGCGUGUAUCUCUCUCUAUGUGUGUUGUAUGGCAAUGUGCCAUCAAGUAGUUGUUAGGGACAUGCGACAGUGCGUGUUGGUCUGUGGAUAUACGAGUGGCGUCUGUUUGGCCAUGUACGCUACAAAAAUGAUCAUAUACAACAAGUGUGUGAUAUGCAGCUGAAUUGGCUGUGUAUAUGUCGCAUUAUAUGCCGCACGCAUCUCAAAGCAUUGUAGCUUAGCUUUACAGGCUCAUCACACGCAUGGAUAGAUUGUGCAUUCCAUGUAUGUACCGAGUAAGCUCAAGUGCUCGAAGCCCGCCGAAUAACUAGAAUUAUAUUUAUAUGUGCACUACACUGCACAAAGCUCCGCUAUUCAAAAUACUGAGACCCAGCCACGGGACACGAGCAAACCGUUUUAUUAGUACAAUGGCCUACACAUAAAACAUACAUAGGUCAGAUUAUUAAUUACCCCUUCUUAACACUACAAAGAGCACUACAAAGAGUAUAGAAUACUUCUUUUUAACGAAAAAUACAAGUCUAACAACGCUGCGCCAGCUAAGUAAUUUGGCAUCAACAAACUGAAUAAAUCUCAAAUGAGUGAAAGUUAUCAGGC